UAUGGGUAGUGUUAGUACGCGUCUGUUUGAACUCCCAGCCUGACAGAAUCUGUUUUUUUUUGUGUGUGUGUGUGUAACCACGCCUACACAGUGGCUGCCAAGGAUUACCCAUGAGUUAAACCUUCUUUAGUUGAUAAUGAGGAAGGCGUGGGCUCUAGCAGUGGACACCCAAGGCAGCAGUGGGUGAAAACAAGCAAAAUAAAGAAAAGGUUGGCUGUGAGAAGGUGCUAGACAGCCAGCCAUAGUGACGAGGAGGCAGGAAGAUAGACCACCACCACCACCACCACCAUCACCAGCAUCACCACCACAGGGAAGGAGUUGCCGAUCCAAAGGCCUGGCUCAGGAGCUAUCCUGUGCCAUCUGUACCAUCAAGAUCAAGGUCAAGCCAGGUGUAAACAAACCCGGCGUGCUUCACGAGACAAGAUAGGAAGGCACGAAACAUGACCACCAAUCGCCCCAGAGUGCAGGUUCUUAAUUUACCCGAGGAGGAGAGUGACGAGCUGAAGAUAACGCCUCUAGGCUCGGGUCAAGAGGUGGGGAGAUCAUGUCACUUCCUGGAGUUCAAGGGGAAGAAAGUCUUGCUGGACUUCGGGAUCCAUCCAGCGCUGACUGGCAUGAACGCGCUCCCCUUCUCCGACUAUAUUGACCCAGAGCAGAUUGACCUCAUGUUGGUGUCACACUUCCAUCUGGACCAUGCUGGGGGCCUGCCGUGGUUCCUGAUGCACACUCGUUUCAAGGGCCGCUGCUACAUGACCCACCCCACCAAGGCUAUCUACAAGUGGCUCCUCUCCGACUACAUCAAAGUCAGCAACAUAGCGACCGAACACAUGCUGUACUCGGAGAGCGACCUGGAGGCUUCGCUCAACAAAAUCAACGUCAUCAACUUUCACGAGGAGAAGGAGGUACAGGGGAUUAAAUUCUGGUGCUACCAUGCCGGCCACGUACUGGGAGCAGCCAUGUUCAUGAUACAGAUUGCUGGUGUGAAGAUCCUCUACACUGGGGACUUCUCGCGGCAGGAAGAUCGGCACUUGAUGAUGGCCGAGAUCCCACAGAUCCGGCCAGACGUGCUGAUGAUUGAGUCGACGUACGGAGUGAGCAUCCACGAGCCGAGGGAGAGCCGAGAGUCACGGUUCACCAACACCGUGCAUACCAUUGUGACGAGGGGCGGCCGCUGUCUUAUUCCUGUGUUUGCCCUUGGCCGUGCUCAGGAGCUGCUCUUGAUUCUUGAUGAGUACUGGCAACAACACCCGGAGGUUCAUGAGGUGCCUAUCUAUUACGCCUCAGCCCUGGCCAAGAAGUGCAUGAGUGUGUACCAGACCUAUACACACGCGAUGAACGAGAGGAUUCAGCGCCAGAUAUCCAUUAGUAAUCCCUUCCAGUUUAAGCAUAUCUCCAAUCUUAAGGGAAUGGACCAGUUUGAGGACAUUGGGCCGUGUGUGAUCAUGGCGUCACCCGGCAUGAUGCAGAGCGGCCUGUCUCGGGAGCUAUUUGAGAUGUGGUGCCCUGACCCCAAGAACGGCGUCAUCAUUGCAGGAUACUGUGUGGAGGGGACCCUGGCCAAGGAGAUUCUGAAGGAGCCCGAGGAGGUCACCACUAUGUCUGGUCAGCGUCUCCCCAUGAAGUGUUCGGUGGAGUACAUCUCGUUCUCUGCCCACACUGAUUUUGAACAGACUACUCACUUCAUCCGUACCAUUCACCCCCCCAAUGUGGUGCUGGUGCAUGGGGAGAUGACGGAGAUGUCUCGCCUCAAGUCGGCCCUGGAGCGGGAGUAUGAAGCCUGCACAGACAACCCGGUGAAGGUGUUCAACCCAAAGAACCUGGAGACUGUCACUUUUCACUUCAGGGGAGAGAAGAUGGCCAAGGUGAUGGGGGAGCUGGCCAUGCAGAAACCCAAGGAGAACAGCAUUGUGUCAGGGAUUCUCAUCAAACGAAAUUUCAACUGCCACAUCAUUUCACCGAGGGACCUGGGCAAGUACAGUGAGCUCUCAGUGUCCACCAUAAGCCAGAGGUCCAGCCUGCAUUACACAGGAUCCUGGUCACUGCUCCACUACCUCCUGGCUUCAAUGUACGGCAGUGUGGAGGUGGUGCUCUCAGACGGUGCUGAAAACCAAGCUCUCAGGGUAUUUGAUGUGGUGAUGGUGACACAGGAACCCCCCGCUGUGGUGAUUGAGUGGGUAGCCAGUCCAACCAGUGACAUGUAUGCUGAUGCAGUGAUGAAGGUGAUACUGAAGGCGCAGGAGCUGGACACUGCCGGCGUCACUGUUCCCUCCAUUAGCAGUGCUGUGUUUGACCGAAUGCAUUUCAAGGAGUGCCUCAUUGAGCUCUUCCAGGAGAUGUUCGGAGAAGACUCUGUGCCCAAGAUCUUCAAAGGGGAGAAGAUUUAUGUAUCAGUGGACAAUGUGAAGGCAAAUGUUGACCUUGUGAGCUUGAAAGUGACAUCAGAAAACGAGAAGCUGGAGAGGGUGGUGCAGACCGCAGUGACUAAGCUGUUCCAGUCACUAGCCCCUGUCACUGUUAGCAUGAAGCACUGAGGGGCUGGGAGGGGGGGGCAGGGAGAGGGGGAGGGAUAGACAGAGAGAGGGGGAGAAUGGAGGUAGAGAGAGGGAGGAAUGGAGGUAGAGAGAAGGGGAGGAAUGGAGGUAGAGAGAGGAGAAAUAGAGACAGUUAUUUUUAUUUAGUUAUUCUUUCAUUUAUUUAUUUUUAUCAUUAUUAGUUUCUUAUUCCUCUAUUCAGUCUUAUUUCCUUUCUUCUACCCUUUAUUGUUUUCCUACUUCUCUCCCUCCUCUGCUUCAUUUUUUUCUUUUAUUUAUCUUUGUGUUUAUUUAUUUUCUUAUUUUCUUGUUUAUUUCUUUCUUUGUGUCGGAAGGAAAGUAGUAAGUUGUCUGUUAUCAGUGAAUUUAGCAUAAUUAUAGAUGAUGAUGGUGGUGGUGGUGGUUGCAGGGAUGAUAAUUGUGAUGAAGGUGAUGGUAGUGAUGGUGAUAUAUGAUUCUCUCUCUCUCUCUCUCUCUCUCUCUCUCUCUCUCUCUCUCUCUCUCUCUCUCUCUCUCUCUCUCUCUCUCUCUC